AUGAACUACGUAAGGGAAUUCAAAAACUUGACACCAGGAGAACUUAUCACAUCGGUUCAGUUGAUGUUCAAUUUACCCAACUGCUAUAUUAAGGCUGCGAUUCUCUACUUUAAUCUGUGGAGGUUGGAAAAGGCUAAAGAAAUGUUGGAUGAUAUGGACAAGAGUUGCACUAGACAAGAAGAGAAGUUGCAAGUACAUCGAUAUGUUAUACGCUGCAACAAAAUUUACCUCGCUUUCAUGUCCGUUUAUAAUUUCUAUCCUCUAUCAACGUUUGCUACUGCAAUAAUCAAUGGAGUCACGCCUUGGAGCCUUUAUAUCCCAUUCUUAAACUGGCGUGAUGGAACCCAGCAACUCUGGCUAGCGGCGAUUAUUGAAUACAUCUUAGUAAUUUUUCCAGUCUAUUAUAAUAAUGCAACUGAUAUCUAUCCUGUGAUUUAUGGACAAACUAUCCGCUCGCACUUCGAUCUAUUAAUAAAACGCAUUCAAAGAUUAAGAUGCGACGAGGAUAAAAGUGAGGAUAAGAACUACGAGGAACUGACUGGAUGUAUCAAGGAUCACAAACGCAUACUAGAAUAUUGCGACAUCUUGAGGCCCCUCAUUUCAAGCACGAUCUUCUUUCAGUUUUUAGUUGUGGGCAUGACAUUUCCCUUUUGUUAUACCUGCAAUCUGCUGGAUGAAGAUGUUGAUCGACUUACUUUAUCCAUUUUUCAGUCGAAUUGGUUGAGUGCAUCACGACGUUAUAAAAUAUCUCUAAUUUACUUCUUGCACAAGGCUCAACAACCUCUUAAAUUUACUGCUGGCAGCAUUUUUGAAAUCUCUUUGCGUACUAAUAUAAGUCUCGCGAAGUUUGCCUUUUCGGUCGUAACACUUGUUCAAAAAUUCAAUUUGGCUGCAAAAAUGGAACGGAAAUAA